UGGUGCGAGCCAAUGGGCAAUUCAAUUUUUCAGAAGAAAAAAGUAUCAGAUAGUUCAAAUUUUUGAAUAAAAUAUCGGGUAACUCAUGAAAUCCGGUUUGAUUUUGGUUCUAUAUUUUUCGGUUAGAUACUAUUCGGUUUUCGGUUCAGGGUAAAUGGUAAAUGUGUUUAGGCCUGUAGGAGUAAAAAUAAUAAAAAGAGGCAUUUAAAGAAAGGGUUAAAAUCUCAGACUAUGCAAUUUAUUGCAGAUUUCAGGAAAUCCAGGUUUCAAGUUCCGGAGAGAGCGGUUUAUUAAACAAUUAUGCAGACUACAGAGGAAUGGCUUGCAAGGGAUCUUCAACAUGGUGCAAGUAAAUCUGGCCAGACGUGGAUCUUCAUAGGACGGCUCAGGUGAUGCAGUUAGGCGUAGGUCUUCAUAAGGCAGGUAGUAUUGUCGGUUGUCGAAUCGUCUAUGUAAUAUUUCCUAUAUCAUAAUAAAUCAGCGUUAAAAAAAAAAAAGAAAGGGUUAGUGCUGACGUCAUACAUAUUCUCUCGUAACAGCGACUAUAUAAAUUUCACAAUCUAUCAUCAUCAUCUCUCUCCUCGCACUCUCUAUUUCUCCAUUUUCUUGCGAAGGAAGCCUCGUCAGUAUCUCUCUCUAAACCUACGCACGAUGGUAGAGCCUCAGCCACCAAAGUGGGUUCUUGAAGCUCUGAGGAGAUUCAACGGCAUGGAGGCACGACUGGUUAUCGCCGAUAAAGUGUUGUCCGCGAGUGACGUGAAGCAGAGCCAGGCACGUCUUAUGCUUCCUGCGAACAAGGUUCUGAGCAAAGAAGAGUUUCUAAGGGAUGAAGAGAUCAGAGUCUUGGAAGGAGAUGCCAAAGCAACACGUAAAGAAGGGGUUAAAGCUAUCUUUCUUGAUCCGAAUUACGAAACGUAUGGAGUUUGGUUGAAACAAUGGAAGAAGAACUUGGUUCUAUCUGGCUGGAACCCUGUUCUUGCAGGUUACGACGAGUUUGAAGAGGGUGAAAAGUUUGAUCUUUGGUCCUUUAGGCGUGAAGAAAAACUACACUUUGCUCUUGUUCCCAAGGAAGUGGACUGCGGCUACUUGGACGCCUUCAGCGACCUCGAUUUCAAGACUCUCAAUGAUGUUCCAAGUAGCAAUGAUGAGGACUGCUUCGGCUUGGACCUGCUUUUUUCCACAUACGCAAACGUCAACGCUCCUCUUCCGGACUUGGGAUCUUUUGAGGAUACAGAUGUUGUCACUUCCUUAUACGACGAUGCUUGAUUUGCAGUUCGACUUCUCUCCCUAAUGCGCUAGGUACACGUAUGAUAUUGAUACAUUGGUUGGGUUUAGGUGUUAGCUUUUCUUUUCUUGUAGAUAGACCACAUCUGCUGGUGGAAUAUAGGACUGAGAUUCAGAAACAGCCUUUCACUUUCUUUCUGCUUUGUUACUAGUUGAUACUUCUGUAAAUGGAUUAACUCAUUUGUUUGGAGUUGGGGGCUAAAGAAUAUCAAGUCUUUUUAGUUCUAUGAUAUGCUUGUUCGCAGUAUUGCUUUCUCCACUUCUAUCUUCUUUGGCACGUACGUAUACUGCUAUAUUGUUUACAAGUCUCUUGAUGGGUUUACGUUAAACUGGUUAAAGCUGCUUUGGUUUGGUUGGAGUUCUGAACCGGUAUGUUUAGUACUAUCGAAAACAAAACACUUUCUACGCUCUGAUCUUUCAACAGUCUAUUUACUAUAUAUAUAUAAAUCGUGUCCGUGGCAUUUGCAGUCAAGUUAGGUUGGGUGGUCUGGACCUUUCUAUAAUAGUGGCUAUAGUACCAUAGAAAAGAGAAGAA